CAACUCGUUCAGCUAUCAAGCAAAAUUCUCCAGGUAUCCUCGACUGAGUGAUCGAGCUAGCAUUAGAUAGCCAAAGCUUGGUGGAGCGACUUCGCAAAGCAAAUGCUGGGUGGUAAGCUGCUGAAGUCAACCCAGUGGUGGUCAUGUCUGGGUUCAAAACUUCCACCGCACCGGAAUCAAGUAGCGAGUGAGUCAGUCCAUGGUUCUCGCCUUGCAGCUGAUGAGUUGAAGAGUUGCCAGGUCUGUUUAGAGGAGAACAAGGCGUGUAAGUGUAGACCAGGAGAAGACAUCGAUGAGCAGUUGAAGAAAGAAGUUAAUUGCACAGAUGGUGGUGAUCACCACGUGAAGGCAAAUACUUCUUUUGCUCAUGCUGUCAUCAACAUGAUUGGAAUGCUGAUAGGCCUUGGGCAACUAUCAACCCCUUACGCUCUAGAGAAUGGAGGUUGGACUUCUGCAUUCCUUCUUGUAGGGCUUGGGAUUGUCUGUGCGUAUACAACAUAUUUACUAGGGAAAUGUCUCCAACAGAAUGCAAAGUCAAAAGACUACCCAGAUAUUGGAGAACAUGCAUUUGGACUUAAGGGGAGAAUUAUCGCUUCUACUUUUAUCUACAUGGAAAUCUUCAUGGCCCUUGUUUCCUACACAAUCUCUCUGAGUGAUAACUUGACCACUGUUCUUUCUGGGACACACCUCAGUGUGCCAUGGGUGCACCUAUCUACCUCUCAGCUUCUCACAGGUAUGGCGGUCUUGGUGGCACUGCCUAGUCUGUGGUUGAGAGACCUUUCUUCUAUAUCCUUCCUUUCAUCCGGAGGAAUUCUUAUGUCUCUGAUCAUCUUUUUAAGUGUACCAUUCACAGCAGUUUUUGGUGGUGUUCGAGCUAACCACAGCAUUCCUGUGAUUCAACUACAAAAAAUUCCUGCAAUAUCUGGUCUUUAUGCUUUCAGUUUUGCUGGCCAUAUUGUUUUCCCCAACAUUUAUACAGCCAUGAAGGAUCCUUCUAAGUUUACCAAGGUUUCAAUUGUGAGCUUCACUCUUGUUACGAUCCUGUACACAGCUCUUGCAUUCAUGGGUGCAAAGUUGUUUGGGCCUGAAGUCAAAUCCCAGAUCACUCUCAGCAUGCCCAGACACCUGAUUAUUACAAAACUUGCACUGUGGGCAACUAUAUUGACACCGAUGACAAAGUAUGCACUUGAAUUUGCCCCGUUCGCAAUGCAACUUGAGCAGAAUCUUCCUUGCUCUCUGAGUUCUAGAAUGAAGAUGUUCAUCAGAGCAAGUGUUGGGUCAUUGCUACUUCUAGGAAUCCUGGUUUUAGCUCUCCUGGUUCCUUAUUUCCAGCACGUCCUUGGCCUUACGGGAUCUCUUGUUAGCAUUUGUAUUUCGAUUAUUUUUCCUUGUGUGUUCUACACCAGGAUUUAUUGGUCUCAAAUUUCAAGGUCUCUCGUAGUGCUUAAUCUGACCCUUAUUUUGAUUGGCUCUCUUUUGGCGGUAUUCGGGAGCAUUUCGUCUUCAAUAUCACUUUUGGAAAGCAUAACAAGAGGUCAUGCACAUUGAAGGAAUGCCAAGAAGAUGCGUUCAUAUAUGUUGUUGUGGUGGUUGUUUUUAUGGUUACUGUUUUUUAUCUUCAAACAAGAAAGCAGGAUGGAGUCCUUAGUUAAUACGCAAUUCGUCCUCAUGUUGUUUUAAAGGAGCUAGCACUGAGAAGCUGAGAUGGAUGUUCGGUUGGAAUCAGUACAUCUAUAUAUAUUUUAGUAAAAUGUCUUUUAUUUUCCCCAAGAAGUACGAGUAGGGUCUCUGUAUCUCUUACAGUAGUUUUCAAAAUAACACAAUAUCCCCAACUACUUUUGGGAUUUGGACUUUGGGA